AUGGGCACCACAAAGACCUGCGCCGCGGUCUUGGUGAACAAGGGCAAGCCACUAUGGGUCGACAAUGCCGAUGUCGUUGCCAGGCUGCCCUCAAUGGUGGCCUUCUCCCAGGACCCUGCCACAGGCGAGAGCACCGUGCUGGUCGGCGACCAGGCCAAGCGCCAGCGCGACUCCAACCCCCGGGGCACCAUCUUCGGAUUUAUGCCGCUACUUGGAGGGCGCCACGAUUCAGAGGAAGUGGCCAAGCUCAAGCAGCGUGUGCCCUAUGACAUUGUGAAGGCCCCCAACGGUUCCGGCGACGCCUGGGUUGCCAUUGGUGGGCAGGCCCACUCCCCCGCUCAGAUUGCAACAUUCAUCAUUGAAAAGUGCAAGCAAUCGGCUGAGAAACACAUGGGGCACCCCAUUACUGAGGCCAUCUUCGCUGUCCCCACUUACUUAAACAUCGACGAAGCGACCACCACGCAAAUCAAGGAGGCGGCCCGCGUUGCGGGUCUCAACGUAUUUCGCUUUGUCCAUGGACAUGUGGCAGCCUUGAUGGGCACCGCCUUCUGGCAUAUGAACUACGGAAAGCCGCAGCGCGUUGCCGUGUUCGAGCUGGGCGGCGGCGCAUGCUCCGUUUCCUUCUUCGAGAUGACUGAUUUUGGCCUUUGCGAGCUCACCAGCAGCAGCAGCGACGCCUUCCUCGGCGGGGAGGACUUUGAUGCGACCGUGCUCCAGUAUCUGAUGGACGAGCUCAAGAAGAGGAAGAACGAGGCCGUGGACCUCUCCCUCUUGGACGUAGCUGCCAUCCGCCAGCUCAGAGAGGGCGCCGAGAGGGCCAAGAAGGCCCUUGACUCCGUGCCCACCACAGAGAUCGACCUGCCAGCGGCUGUCACCGGCGACAAGCACUUGACCGCCCGCCUCACCAGGGACCACUUCAACCAGCUGACCAAACCUCUCGUUGACCGUACCGCCACGCUCUGCGAGUUGGCUCUCAAGGCAGCCGGUCCCAAGAAGGUGGACCAAGUGCUCCUGGUGGGCGGCAUGACCCGAACUCCAGCUGUGGUGGAGAAGGUCAAGGAAGUGUUUGGUCUCAAUCCCAUGGAGGUGCCCAACCCUGAUGAAGUUGUAGGCGUGGCCAUCCAAGGAAAUGUGCUCCAGUGCUAA